AUGAGUCAGCAAGAGGAGAAAAUAGAUUCCAUCUUAAACGCUCUUCGAGACAAAGUCAAUCAACUUGAAAGUCGUUUUAAUACAUUACGUGAGGAGGCCAUUUCAAAAUUUAAUGAAUUCAAUGAUUGUAUUGAAUCUGCUAAAAGCGUAUGUCAUCAAGCAACAGAAAUGACUACAGUCUUAGAAAACAAAUUAGUUAAUGCAUCAAAUGAAGAAAAAGAAUGGAAAGAUACCAAAGUUAAAUUAACAACAACAUCAAUGAAAGAUAUGGUCAUACUCAAUGUUAGUGGUGAGAAAUAUACCACAAGUGUUGAGACAUUAACACUUGAAAAAGAUACUUUUUUCAUUGCACUCUUCUCUAAACAAUGUCAACUUGAAAGAGAUCCCGAUGAUAAAACAACACGUGAUGGAUUUGAUACAAAUGCAUUUCAUUCACGUUGUAAUAAUAAAGGACCAACAAUAACGAUCAUUCAAUCAAGUAAUAACUAUCUUUUUGGAGGUUAUACAGCUAUACUAUGGAUUUCAGAAGUCGGUUCAUGGAAGAAUGAUAAUACAGCAUUUUUAUUUUCUUUGGUCAAUCCUUACAAGAUUCCACCAACUAAAUACCUCAUUAAUCCUGGCCAGAGUGGAAAUGCAGUUAAUCAUCAUAGUAUCUAUGGGCCCUACUUUGGAGCUGGUCCCGAUAUGUACUUGGCAAAUGCUAGUAAUUCGAACAAUUCAAGUUACACUAAUUUUCCUUCAUCAUACGUCGAUACAACUGGAAAGAGUAAUAAUACAUUUACUGGAACUCGAAAUUUUACCGCAUCUGACAUUGAAGUUUUCAAAUUAGCUUAA